AAAAACAUUCAAUCCCUUGUCCCACUCUCUCUCUCUCUCUCUCUAAGUAAAUAUCUAUCUCUUUCUUGCACCUAAAGCAAAUCUUCUUCAUUUUCUUCAAAAAAUUCAUGUGAAUCUCCCAGAUAAUAGCAAACCAGGAGAAAGAGAAAAUAUAUUACAUUUUAAAUUAAUCAUAUUGAAUCUGAUCAAUAAAACAUGAGUUGCAAUGGUUGUCGUGUUCUCCGGAAAGGUUGCAGCGAGAAUUGCAUCCUCCGUCCUUGUAUCCAAUGGAUCGAAUCCCCCGAAGCUCAAGGCCACGCCACCGUCUUCGUCGCUAAAUUCUUCGGCCGUGCCGGUCUCAUGUCCUUCAUCUCCUCCGUCCCCGAAUCUCAGUGCCCUGCUUUGUUCCAGUCCUUGCUCUACGAAGCAUGUGGGAGAACUGUGAAUCCGGUUAACGGCGCCGUCGGGUUGUUGUGGACGGGGAAUUGGAAUAUCUGUCAAGCGGCGGUUGAGACGGUUCUUCGCGGCGGUUCCUUGAGACCGAUCCCGGAGCUUCUUACACGCGGCGGCGGAGGAUUCGGGGGGUUUCCGUCUCCUACUUCCGACGAAGCAUCCGAGAUCUGCACUGAAAUGUUGAAUGAUUCCGGUGACCGGAAUAUCUACCACCACUCUCGAUUCUCGAGCUCUAGAUCCAGAUCGACGGCUUCUCCGCCGAAACGUAAACGAUUAGCGUCGGAGCAACAGCAACAGCAACUAAACCACUCGUCGGAGCUAGAUCUCUCUCUAAUCCCUACUUUUCCGAUUAAGGAAGAAAUGGGUCGACCGGAAACACCGUCGAUGUACUCAGCUGAAUCCGUUACGACGGCGUCGUUUGAUAACUCCGCCGGUGAACGGUUCGUACGCGGAGGAGGAGAAACGACAAAGUUGCUCAACCUUUUCGCGUGAACGGUGUCGUUUUUGAUUUUGGGGUUAAAAUGUAAUUUUGAGUAACUUUUUUUUUUUUGGCCCUUUCGUGGAGUAAUAUUUUGGGAAAUGUGGCACACCGGCUAUUACGUUAUUUUUUUCUCCCUACUUAAUGAGAAAAAUUAAUCAAAGUAAUUAAAUUAAUUGAGAGAAUAAUGAUAAUCCGUCGGUGGUGUAAUAAU